AUGUCACUCGAAACCUCCCGAAUUGAUCAUAUUGGUUGCGGAACUGUUAUAAAUCAGUCAAGAGUUCAACUACUCACUGCAAACAUGAGCCAACCAAUUCCAACUCUCAACCUUCCGGACCACAAGGAGAUCGUCGAUGACGAAAGCCCAGAAGACGAUCUCGGUCUGCCAUCACCGACGACGAAUUCUGUUGCCACCAAUCAAAGAAAGUACUCGAAGAACUUGGAAGAAUUCUAUGGCAAUCCGAUAGGCAUGGAGGAGACUGCACCGGUACCACAAAAUGGAAAUCUUCUGAGCGCCACCGAUGGCAACAAUAUGGAGGUUGCUGGAGCUUCUUCCGAGAACCGCCAGAAGUUGCGCUCAUCGAUGGAGAAAAAGAAGGAAGCUCACGGUGAAGAAUUGAUUGACUUCAAGACUGCAUUGGGAGACGACGAGUAUUUCGACUCCCAACGUCACCGUGGUGGACAUCAAAGUAGGGCUUCUACAAGUCUCGGAGGCUCCAUGAGCGCUCGGAGCACGGGUUCUUCCGUGUUUGAGCAAGGACAGGCAGAGGAUCGCUCUGAAGAAGGAUGGCUCUCAUACCGUCCGGCAGCAACCACGCUCUCCAAUUUCAUAGCAUGGAGCCUGGUCACCCGAAUGUCAAAAAACGCCCAGGAAAACGGAAAAAUUAAGAGGAUCAAAGAAGCAGUGAAAGAAGAAAAGGAUGCGAUUCAGAAAUUCCCAAUGUUGAAGCUACCGGACCUGGUUCGAGAGACCGUUAUCCGGUUGAUGGAUCCUGUCGAAAUAUUCGACUUUUCUCAAAUCUCCAAACGAAUGCAUCGAACUGCAAAACGGUCAGUCCGCCACAAUACAUAUCACCUCCAUUUACAAGCCGGGCAACUCUAUCAAGCAGCUCUCUAUCCCCCGACUUACCCAGAAGUUCCAGCAGAACCAGCUAGAUUUCGAGUUCAACAACUAGAUGAUGACACGGCAAGAGCACCGACCAAUGUCAGGAAACUUGGAAAUUUCCAAAAGAUUCGUUGCCAUUUCCAAGAGAGUGGAUUAUAUUUCUUCCAUAAAUCUCAUUGCCGCUACACAUUGCACGCGGACAUUGGUGGAUUCCACUUCAAUCUGGUAAACGGAGAUCUUGGAUCCAUCUAA